AUGUCACACGACGAAAGAUAAAAACACAAAGUUUGACCUACUUUACGUUUACUUGAUCUUUAUUUCAAUUGAAUCCUAAUUAUUAAUAAAUAAAUCAAAAUCAGUGAUUUGUUUUGUGCACAGCGUCGACGACAAUGAAUAACGAUAUAGGUGAAAAUUCAUCGGAAAAUGAUAACAAUCACAGCAGAGACACCCAACAGGUAGAUCUAUUUAAUUUAAUUGGAGGAAGCUGGCCACCAGCACCGAAAGAGCCUGAGAAAAUUGAGUAUGGAUCAUUGCACAGAAACUACAAAGGCACUAUGCAGCGACCUCAAAAUGAGCGGAUUAAGUCUGUAAACUUGCUGGCUCAUUUAGCACCAGAGAGAAGACGCAACAAACCUACUUACAACACACCAACACCCUCAGUCAGUGAAGACAUACAACCAAAAAUGGUUCAUGAGCCAAAGAAAAUUGAAACUGGAAUUUUAGUUGAUAUUUGUAAUGCGGAAGCCGCCCCCGAAGAGUUUUAUGAUUCGCCGGCGCUUGGGUCGCCUCGCGCCGCUCCACCGCAGUCUAAACCAUCACCAGUCCAUGUACCGGAAGAUAUCGGAGUCGGAUCACUGGUUGAAGUCGCGACCGAUGUCGACCAGCAUUAUUACGGCGUAGUCAGAUGGAUAGGAGUUAUUGAUGACACGGCGACAGCCGGCGUGGAGCUAGAGCAGAGUGUGUGCGGUCUGGGCGACGGGUCCCGCGGCGGCGCGCGCCUGUUCUCGUGCGCAGCGGGGCGCGCGCUGUUCGUGCCGCUGCCGCUGUGCCGCCGCGACGCGCGGUUUCGCGAUACACCGCCCCCUGACCACAGCGAUGCUCAUGAUGCUGAACACUUUGACCAGCCGGACUGCCCUGUGGUACCAGGUGUGGUGCCCCCUCUGAACUCGCUCGGCGAACUGGCUGGCAAGAACCGUGGUAUCCAAGGACACCACAACUCUUGCUACCUUGAUGCCACACUCUUUGCCAUGUUCACAUUCACAAGCGUCUUUGAUGCUCUUUUAUACCGUCCUCCCGAACCUGAAGAUUCUCCGCAUUAUUCCGAAGUACAACGUGUUCUGCGAGAAGAAAUUGUGAAUCCCCUUAGAAAGCAUGGUUAUGUGCGUGCUGAUAGGGUCAUGAAAUUACGUACAUUACUCGAAAGACUCUCUGACGUGCCUGGACUGACCUCUGAAGAAAAGGACCCAGAAGAAUUCUUAAAUGGCCUAGUAGCGCAAUUGUUGCGAGCUGAACCAUUCCUGAAAUUGUCUUCGGGACAAGAAGCUUACUGCUAUCAACUUUUUGUAGAGAAAGAUGAACAUGUUUCGGUCCCAACCGUGCAGCAGCUUUUAGAACAGUCAUUCACAACAUCCGGAGUUAAACUUAGUGAGGUUCCAGCAGCAUUCAUCAUUCAAAUGCCACGGUUUGGCAAACAAUACAAGUUAUACCAAAAAGUAAUACCAUCACCCCUUUUAGACGUCACAGAUUUAAUAGAAGGCUUGCCGCGGCAGUGCACGGUGUGCGGGUCGCUGGCGCGGUGGGAGUGCUCUGCCUGCGCCGGCUCCGCGCUGGAGGCCGGCGCGCUCUGCGACAACUGCCGCCGCGUCGCGCACGCCACGCGCCCGCACCACAAGGCUGUACCACUUACAAUAAAUGAAGAGUAUGCUAAUAUUCUCGAAUCGUGUCCAGUUCCCCGGGUAUACAUGGAACUGUUUGCUGUUCUAUGCAUUGAGACUAGUCACUAUGUAGCAUUUGUCAAAGCAGGAGUUGGUCAUGAUGCACCCUGGUGCUUUUUUGAUUCAAUGGCAGAUAGGAAAGGAGAGCGCAACGGCUACAACAUCCCGGAGAUCGUGUGUAUCUCGGAGCUGGGCGCGUGGCUGGGCGAGGACUCGCGCGCCGCGCCGCCCGACCGCCCGCUGCCGGCGCACGCGCGCCGUCUGCUGGCCGACGCCUACAUGUGCUUCUACCGCAGCCCCGACGUCGCCAUGUACCGGUAGUCGGCCCACACACCUCACUAUUUAUUCACUAAACCUACAUUGUUAACUAUAAUAAAAAGACAUAUACAAAUGUAUAUAUGUAUUAUUAGUAAUAUUACUGUAAACAGAGUAAAUAUGCAUAUUAGUGUCAAAUAACUAAAUCCAAAGUAAUUAAUGUAACUGGAUUCAUUAACUUAUUUCAAAAAAUACAAAUAUUAUUUAUUUUGUCAAUGUAGGUAUAUCAGUAUUAUCAAAGAUACUAUGUUUCUAAAUAACAAUAUUUGGACGACUUGAAAUAUCAAAUUGAUAUAAGUAAAAUGACAAAGUUAAUUAGUAGACUCCAUGUCUGCAUUAUCACUAUUAUAGCACCAAAUAAACAUUAUACUGAGACAUCAUUGUAGAUUUUUAUAAAUAUAAAGUUGAAUUUACAUCAUAAAAUAUCUUUAUUGUUAUUUAUUAAUAAAAGUAAAUGUAUGUAUAAAA